AUGACCGUCUACGCUGGAAAGCGCCAGUCCGACGUGCUGGAUCUGACAGGCGACUCCGAUGAUGCAUCUGAACCUCAUACGUCCAAAGCCCGCCGCACGGGCUCAUCUUUGUUGGACCCGCAGAGCAUCAGCACCGCGCAGCGAUUCGGGGAAAGCGCAGAUUAUAUCCCCCUGAACCAGCUGUCGCAGGUCACGGGUGCGGACGAGGAGGAUGCUCAAGCCGCAGACCUGGUCCAAAGCAGCCAAGAUGUUGAUGAAUCCUCGCUUGCCAGCUUCGUUCUCUACGGCCUUCUGAAUGCAAAGAUUGUCGGGGUCCGUUUCUACAACGGAUAUGCCAACCCAGGAGAGCAUGUCACGCUCAAGCGGGAGCCUACUAAUCCAUACGACCGCAAUGCCAUUCGGGUAGACAACGUCAUGGGCAUGCAGAUCGGUCACAUUCCGAAGACUAUAGCAGCAAAGCUGGCCAAAUACAUGGAUGCCAGGGAUCUUCUGAUCGAAGGUGUAUUAACAGGCCAUAUCGGUGUAUAUGAUUGCCCGAUUGCGUUGAAACUCUUUGGAACCAAUGAUCCAGUUCAACGAGCUGGGCUCAAAGCCCGAAUGAAAGUGGAUAGACUUCCUCUGACUGAUAUCAACGGCAGAGAGCGCGAAGAACGCCAGCGGGAAAAACAGCUCGAAAAAGAGCGGAAAGAUGCCGAGAAGAAGGCCCGUGCUAUGGCUCUGGGUAAAGCUGCAGCACAAUGGCAGGCUUCAGAUAACCCCAUGUUUUCCAACCUCUCCACUCCAACCGGUAAUGGCGAAGACGGCGAGAGCCUGGAAGAACUUCUCAGCCAGAGUAGCAGUUUCAACCCAAGAGAUGUGGGUAAGGUGGUGGAGAACUUUGGUCAGAAGGAAUCCGAGUUGGAGAAGCUGCCCAUGGCCGAUACGCCGGCUAGUCUGGCCACUCAGCUACUGCCAUAUCAGCGCCAAGGCCUCGCCUGGAUGAUCAAUAAGGAGUCUCCGAAUCUUCCGGCAGCUAAUUCUGAAGAUAUCGUGCAGCUCUGGAAGCGGAAUGGGAAUAUGUUCACCAAUGUCGCAACCAACUACUCCACAUCCACUCCACCCCCCUUUGCGAGCGGUGGUAUCCUGGCUGAUGAUAUGGGGUUGGGCAAGACUAUCCAGAUUAUCUCAUUGAUUCUUGCCAAUCCUCAGCCUCGGACUUCCCAUUCGUGCAAAACUACUUUGAUCAUCACCCCGGUCGGUGUCAUGAGCAAUUGGAGAAACCAAAUCCAAGAUCACACCCGCAGUGAAACCGCUCCCCGUGUUUUGAUCUACCAUGGCUCUGGCAAAAAGGAGGCCGCGAAGUUGAGCCAGUACGAUGUUGUGGUUACAAGCUACGGUGCUCUUGUUACGGAAUUUAGAUUGAACUCGAAGACAUUGCCCAAAGAGAGCAUCUUUUCCGUCCACUGGCGUCGUGUGGUGCUCGAUGAAGGCCACACUAUUCGUAACCCUCGGUCGCAGGGUGCUCUCGCUGCUUGCGGCUUGCGCGCAGACUCGCGCUGGACACUGACUGGCACACCGAUCAUUAACACACUCAAGGACCUGUACUCACAGGUGCGGUUCCUCGGUCUUACCGGUGGUUUGGAAGACAUGGCAGUAUUCAAUAGCGUCCUGAUUCGCCCUCUUACAGCCGGAGAACCCGAAGCUCGGCUGCUUCUCGAGGCUCUGAUGGGCACUAUUUGCCUGCGGCGAAGAAAGGACAUGAAUUUCAUCAAUUUGCGCCUUCCCGAGAUGACAUCUCGGGUCCUUCGCGUCAAAUUCCAGGCUCAUGAACAAGAGAAAUACAACGCACUCCAGUACGUCUUACAAGCCUCUUUUCUGCCUAUGGGAAUGUUGCAUGCUAACUUCAAUCUCAGGGAAGAGGCGAAAGGCGCUCUUCUGGAGUUCAAGGACAAGGAAGGGAAGUACUCUCAUCUUCUUGAGGUUAUUCUCCGGCUGCGUCAAGUUUGCAAUCACUGGGCCCUCUGCAAGAACCGGAUUGAUAAGCUCAUUGACACGCUUGACGAACACAAAGUUAUUCCUCUGACCCCAGAAAACGUCAAGGCUCUCCAAGCCAUGCUGCAACUUCAGAUCGAGUGCCAGGAAGUGUGUGCCAUCUGCCUCGACAAUCUUGAGCAGCCGGUGAUCACAGCUUGCGCCCAUUCGUACUGCCGAGGGUGCAUUGAACAAGUUAUCGAUCGGCAACGGAAGUGUCCGCUCUGCCGUGCCGAUAUCAACGACACUUCCACUCUGGUUUCCCCUGUCGAACUCGGCGAAGAUACCAACGAAGUUGUCGCCGACCCCAACAACCCCAGCAGUAAGAUCGAAGCCCUCGUCAAGAUUCUGACGGCCCAGGGCCAGGCACCCGGUACCAAGAGCGUGGUCUUCAGCCAGUGGACCUCAUUCCUUGACCUCGUCGAGCCUCAUCUCGAGCAACGCGGCAUCAAAUUCGCCCGCAUCGACGGCAAGAUGACAUCCGUGAAACGCGACAACUCUACAGAGGUAUUCUCCAACGACCCUUCUUGCACCGUGCUCCUCGCCAGUCUGAGCGUCUGCAGCGUCGGCCUGAAUCUAGUCGCAGCCAACCAGGCCAUCUUGGCCGACAGCUGGUGGGCGCCUGCCAUUGAAGACCAAGCCGUGGAUCGUGUCUACCGCCUUGGACAGAAGCGUGAAACUACCGUCUGGCGUCUUGUCAUGGAGGACUCCGUUGAGGAGCGUGUGCUGGAUGUCCAGGAACGGAAGCGCAGUCUCAUGCUGGCUGCUUUCCGGGAGACGGGGAAGAGAAGGCCUGAGGAUCGAGCUACUCGGGUUGCGGAUCUUGAGAGUUUGCUGGGUUGA